GACCACGGUGUAGCGGACUAGUGUGCUAGCUAAGCAUCAUCUAACUUUGCCAACUUCAAUGUAACAUCUUUCCAGCUUCUCUCGGUAACGGUGGUUGUACGCAGGAAUCUUCGUCACAAUGAGUAUACUCGCCAAAAUAGCAGAGAUUGAAAAUGAGAUGGCCAGGACGCAGAGGAACAAGGCCACAGCUCACCACUUGGGUCUGCUCAAAGCACGUCUUGCCAAACUCAGAAGGGAACUCAUCACACCAAAAGGAGGAAGUGGUGGUGCAACAGGAGAAGGUUUUGAUGUUGCAAAAACCGGUGAUGCUCGUAUCGGUUUUGUUGGUUUUCCGUCAGUGGGAAAGUCAACACUGCUAAGUAACCUUGCAGGUGUGUACUCAGAGGUUGCCGCCUACGAGUUCACCACUCUUACAACGGUACCUGGAGUCAUUCGCUACAAAGGAGCCAAAAUUCAGCUGCUGGAUCUCCCAGGAAUCAUUGAGGGCGCCAAGGAUGGCAAGGGCAGAGGGAGACAGGUCAUCGCAGUGGCUCGAACUUGCAACCUAAUCCUAAUAGUUAGGAUUAGCGGCUAUUCCGCCAGUGUAUGA